UCCAUUUUUCAAAUCAGGAUUUAAUAGCUGGAGGCACUGACACCUCUGCUACCACUGGAAUGGGCAAUGUCUGAGCUCUUAAAGCAACCACACCUCAUCGAAAAGGCAACCGAAGAGCUUGAUAGAGUAAUUGGGAGAAACAGAUGGGUAGAAGAGAGAGACCUUGAACAACUUCCUUAUGUAGAUGCAAUUAUGAAAGAGACAAUGAGGAAGCACCCAGUUGCUGUAAUGCUAGCUCCACAUCUAGCUCUUGAAGAUUGCAAUGCGGGAGGUUAUGAUAUUUGCAAAGGAACUAGAGUGUUCAUUAACACAUGGAGCAUGGGGAGAGACCCUUCACUAUGGGAUGCACCAGAUGAGUUUAGGCCUGAGAGGUUCUUAGGGAAGGCCAUUGAUGUGAAGGGGCAGAGUUUUGAACUGCUUCCAUUUGGCUCAGGAAGGAGGAUGUGCCCUGGUUAUAGCCUUGGACUUAAAAUGAUAAGGUCUAGCUUGGCUAACUUGUUAAAAGGGUUUAACUGGAAAUUGCCUGAGAAUAUGUAAGCAGAAGACUUGAACAUGGAGGAAGUUUUUGGAUUGACAACACCUCGAAAGUUUCCGCUUGUUGCAGUCAUGGAGCCUCGGCUCCCAACCCAUCUUUAUUAAUUAUAUGUGAAUUUGUGAUGUUGUCUCUUUCAAAACCUUAAGAAAUAACACCAUGUAUAAUGUCCUUUCAAGACUUGGAGACAUUUUUGCUAAGUAUAUGUGAAUCUGUAAUGCUAUCUAUAUUUGUACCUUGUGAU